CAUUUAAGAAAUAAUUAUAUUGUGCAAUUAAAUAAAUAUUAGUGCGUUUUCUUAAAUGACGUAAUAAACGAUUCUUUAAUUGAAAAAUGCAGCCUGAAAAUUGAAUGACAAAUACAGUAGUAACUUCGAGACAUUUCGAUAAUAAAUUUAGCAAUACCAGAUGGGUGUACAUUUCCUAAAAGAAUAAAGUCACCUAUUACCAUUCCUGAAAUGAAAACGAUUGCUUAAUUAUCAUCACAAUGUGUACUAAAACUUUUAUAUUGGCAGUUCUUCGGCAUUUUGACAGUAUAGUUAGUAAAAGUGAUUAUUAAACAAAUUUGCAAUUUUCGUAUAAAAACAAAAACAUAUUUCACGACAAAAUCAAUAAAAAUCGAAGUGAAAGAUAUUAAAGAAAUAAAGUUUUAAGUUUAAUAACAAAACCGAAUUCCUUGCUAAUAAAAAAAAAAAUAAAUAAAUAAAAUUAUUUAAAGAAUGUGACGGCAUGUCAGUGCAUAUAGAUGCUAAGAUAGAUCUAUGUACUUAGAUACGUUUAAACCAUUGACCGAUAUUAAAAAAUCACCUGAUAGCAAACCAGCCUGGGCACAGAAUCUAGCGAUUCGGAGAUAAGUAGCGACAUUGGGGAUGAACCGUACAAUUACUAUGGUACAUGUGACCUGGUCCGUCGAAAGAAUCCCAAAAAGAAACCACGUGUGGAUGAGCGAAUCUUGCAAUUUUUCUAUUAAAACUGGCAAUUUUAUGGGAGGCAGUGACCGUUUUGAAUUGCUCCCGAAAGAUGGCGUACAAUGCGCAAAGCCAAAACAAUCCUUAAGGAGGGCUUUUUAAUUGAUAGAGCGUCUAUAGAUAACCCAUUUAAAACUUUAACCGCAACUCAAAGGUUUGGUUCGACUUCUCGCUGACCUCUCCUUCAAACCGCAAACCGAUAAGAAGAUGACUUAAAGAACACUGCAAUUCCUCUAGGAACUGCUGAUGAAAAAAAAAAGGGAAUACCAAGCCGCAAAAUAUUGAGAAUGUUGAGGUGCCACGCCCAUAGCAGCCCCGUUGGGUCCGCGGAAUACAAUUGGGACAUUGAUCUGCUCCCCCGACAUGUAGAAUGUUUUAGCCGCUGAAUUUAUAACCUUGCAUCACAUUGUUUAAAGAUAUAAAAAUUCACGAAGGAAGAUGUUGUGGAAAAGUAGGGCGGUGAAGAACAUUGAAGAACAUUUGCAAGCACCACCUAAAUCGCUACUGUUGGCCCAAACCGAAGAUUAUAUAGAGUAUUCGCGUAGCGACAAAGAAAUGGAAAUACCAAAAGCUCGUAAUCGCCUGGAAGAACCUAUAAAUCUUUUGCUUUGGAAGAACGAAAGUAUUCCGGCGUCGCGAACUGAAUGGUCAUAUUUCAUCGAUUUGCAAAUAGAACCUACUGGAUAGCAGGCUUCAUGGAAAAUACCACGAACUCUUUAUAAACAAUUAAAUGUUCGAUUCCCCAUUGUUGUUCUUGGAUUUGUCCACUUUAGGGAAAUUAGAGCGGUGUUCAAAGCUGUGCGAGGCGACAUUGUUCACUUGCCGGAAUUUUAUGAUGUGGCUCUGGAAGAUAUAUGUCCCCAAGAAAAUGGGGAAUUGAACGUUGAACGUACUGUUGACGCUCUUGACAGACGAUUCUGGAUGCCUUGGGAUAAUGAAAGUGACGAUGAUAUCAAGUGAGUAAAGCAGACUUUGGAGUUGCGUAUACAGCUUAUAUUCGAUUUACGUCAAUGUAACACAGAAUGAUCGUUGGCCGCCUGUCUUCGAUCAUUAAUCAGUGAAUAAAAAUAUAUUCAAAAUAGACUAGAUUAUUUGGAAACUGAUGUCAGUGAUAAUGAACAAGACAUUGUCGUUGAUUCAGUUUCAGAAAAGGCCCGUUUAACGGAUGUACUUGAGUUACUUUUACGAUUAUCAACAUUUCGCACUGAACUUGAAAUAUCCCAAAGUCCCGAUUUACGUCAUAUAUAUCAAGAAAUGCGAACAAAAUGUAGGCGCUCACAAAAUAUAUUUGGCACGGAAAACACAAUCACUUUGUAUUCACGUGAUGAUGACGAAAGUCUUUUGAUACUGGAAAAUGUUGUGAUCGACUGUAAAAAUUUUCGUACUGGAAUUAUAGUGAAAAGUGGGAACAUAACGCUAAGAAGCUGUAAGCUUAUACGUAAUGGGACAUCAAGCGUACAAGAGGGAUUUUUACGGUCUUUCAAUAUAAAAUUGGAACUUUGCUGGAUUGAAAAUUUUGCCACUGGCAUUGUGCUUCAGAAAGAGCGUCUAUUAAUUUAAGCAAUUCGUCUACCGUCUUGGUUUGGGUAUGAGUGAAUCUGGUCAAUCGAAGCUGCGGCAAAUAUAUUGAACUCGCAAAACCACGGAAUAUUGUUUUAUCACGCCAUCAUUGAUAAAAGCGACCAAAUGAUGUUAACUCUGCAAGCGAUCGAAGAUUUAAGAAGGAAAUAAAGAAUCGAAAAAUACAUUAGAUCCACAAAGUCAUAUGUAAAAGUGACUUUAGGUUCGUAAAGAAAACCCGUGACCAAAUUCCUAAACGUGUAAUUUUCUUGAGGUUAAUGUGAGCUGUUGAAUUCGGAUUUGUUUGUUCAUUUCUUUAACACAGAAAUAAAAAAUCGACCCUAUAUAUAUUCCGUGACAUUGUAAAAUUCUUGAUUUAAAAGUCGCAAAGUCCGCGAACAAAGUUCAGGGAGAGUGUCUGUUAGUCUGCUUUUGCCACGAGUGUCAUAAGAACGGCAUGUCGUUAUAUGACCUGGCAUGAUUUUUCUGUUCUCUGCAAAUUAGCGGCUAGUCGUUAGGUAUGUAAAAAAGCAGAGAGAGAAGAAAAUGAUGCGAGGAAUUUUGGAUUUUUUAGUGGAUUUUUUCUGAGUUUUUUUGAGGACAGUUGAAGUUUCAAUGAAGUCAAAGAGUUAAGAAGGGUACAAGAUGUGCACAAAAAAAAAAAAGAAAUGAUAAUGUAAACAAUCGACAGAAAGAGCUACAAAAAAUGAAAAAAAAAUAUAUUAAGUGAUUUAAAACGAGAGUAAAUGAAAAAAAAGGAAAUUAAGUAAUUUAAACAAAGAAAAAAGAAAUUUAGAAAAAAAGGAGAAAUUAAGUAAUCUAGGAAGAAAGAAUUUAGUCAGGAAUUCUGGAAAGGAAAAAAAGUGGUGAAAAUGUCCGGCCAAAAAAAAAAAGGAAACGGAAUGUUUGAACAAUGACUGAAUUUUAAAGUUUUGCUUGCGGUACAAAGACGAAUGAAGGUCAAAAAAAUCGCGGACACAUAAAUGUAUAAACAGCAGAAAAAAGAAAGAGAAGAUUGGUUUUGCUUGUGGAGAAGUGUGCACAAUAACUAAGUAAAUAAAUUUUAGUUUUUAUUGCAAAUAAAAUUGCAAUAAACAAAGAAAAAGGAAAUGUUACUUUGCAAACAAAAUAUAAAAAUGUAAAUAGUUAAGAGAAUUUUGAAAAGUUUAAGUAAAAGAAUGGUUUUAGUCGAGUUAAGUAAGAAGAAAAAAGAGGGAAUUUUGUUUUUGAUCGAUACGGAAUAAUGUAGAAAAUCAUGGACAAAAGGUGAUUGUUUUGUUCUUUUUUUAAACGAUUGUGUAAUAUUAAUAAAGAAUCUCUUUUAUCUUGCCUAUCAAAGGUAUUG